AUUGCAGGUCUAUCUUUAUACUUUGAAGACGGCCAUGACGAUCUGGAUGAUUUUGGAUUCGAUGACUAUGGUUCAGAGUGUGACAGCAUCCGCAUCACGGCCUUCCUCGAUGCAGGCCAGGACAACUUGACGCCCCUCGGGAGGCUAGAAAAGUACGCCUUCAGUGAGAAUGUCUUCAACAGGCAGAUCGUGGCUCGCGGGCUGCUCGAUGUGCUUCGUGAGUUCAGCGAUAAUGAAAAUGACUUCAUCAGUGUCAUGGAGACAGUUGCUAGAAUGUCCGAAGAUGGAGAGCCGACAGUGCGAGCCGAGCUGAUGGAGCAGGUCCCCAACAUCGCCAUGUUCUUACAUGAGAGUCGGCCCAACUUCCCUGCCGCUUUCUCCAGAUACUUAGUACCUAUCGUGGUACUCUAUCUGACUGAUCCCAACAACCAGGUGAGAAAGACCAGCCAGGCGGCACUGCUGGUGCUGUUGGAGCAAGGCCUCAUCUCAAAGUCCGACAUGGAGACCAAAGUUUGUCCGGUUCUUCUGGAACUCACAGAACCCAGAAGCGAUGAUGAUUACAAGAUUGAAGCGGUUGCUAUCAUGUGCAAAGUGGUGACCAUGCUGAGCAAAGACACAGUGGAGCAGCUCCUACUGCCGCGCUUCUGCGAUUUGUGCAGUGACGCCAGACUCUUUCAAGUGCGGAAGGUUUGCGCGGCCAAUUUUGGAGAGUUCUGUUCAAUUGUGGGUCAGGAAGCCACAGAAAAACUAUUGAUUCCCAAGUUUUUCGAACUGUGCUCGGACAGCCUGUGGGGCAUCAGGAAAGCCUGCGCCGAGUGCUUUAUGAUGGUCUCAAAUUCUACCUCGCCUGAGGUGCGACGUGCAAAGUUGUCUCCGCUCUUCAUCAGCCUCAUCAGUGAUCAGUCCCGAUGGGUGCGGCAGGCUGCUUUUCAGUCUCUGGGCCGUUUCAUCUCCACCUUCGCCAACCCAACCAGUGCAGGCCUCCACUUCAGAGAUGACGGCGGGCUACUGGAUGUUUCUAGGUGCACGUCAGACAGCGAUUGCUCCUUGAACUCCCUCAACUGCGCCGACAUCAGCAGCCGCCGCACUGAGAGGACAAUAGCUCAUACGCCUCCCAACCAAGACGGCCGUGCCACGCCAUCGCCGGAGCACGUGCCAGCUGCCGAGGAGAUGAACUACGAUGACAACAACCAUAGCUUCACUCCCGGAGAGGGGCUGGACAACCCGGUGCACACUGGCAACAACGCCAGGAACGCCAAAGAUGCCACGCAGGCGGACGAGAACUUUAACUCCUUCCACUUUUGGAGGCCGCCGCUACCAGAUAUCAGCGGGGAAUUGGAGUUGCUUAGCUGUCAAAUGGGGGACAUGAUUGAGAAGAAGGAGGAGGAGAGGAAAGAAGAGCAGAAAGAAGAUUUCAGAAGCACUUCCGAUUCUAAAGCCAGUUCGGGUAAGAGUACCAGUCACCAGAUCCAAAUGGUUUUGGACUGUUUGCAGCCACAUAUUGACGACCCCGAUGUCCAAGCUCAAGUUCAGGUUUUGGCAGCGGCUCUGAAGGCUGCUCAGCUCGACAGCCCGUCCGAUGACAGUCCCACGGAAAACCAGCCGGCAGAGCCUUCUGCGGACAGCGACACCGACAGCCCGCUUAUUGAAAGCAAAUCACCGGAGGUUCAGUCUGAGGUUGACGAAACUCUCGCGGAAGAGGAACAAACGACAGAAAGCAUCGAGGAAACUGAAACAUGUCCGGUCCAGGAACAAGGAGAUGAGACAACACAAACGGAACCUUUGGAGGAUCCAGAAGAGACGCCACCUGGCUCCCCGGUUUUGGUAUCAGAACUAAUUGAAAGUGUGGAGGAAGAGGGAAAAGAUGACUCAUUGUGCGAAGAUAAGCCUAAAGUCCAGAAUGUUAUUCCUCAGCAAUUGUUGGAUCAGUACCUCUCCAUGACAGACCCAGCACGAGCUCAGACAGUAGAUACAGAGAUAGCAAAGCACUGUGCCUUCAGCCUGCCAGGUGUUGCGCUCACUCUGGGUCGGCAGAACUGGCACUGCCUCAAAGACACGUACGAAACAUUGGCCACUGAUGUGCAGUGGAAAGUGCGCCGAACGCUGGCAUUCUCCAUCCACGAACUGGCAGUCAUUCUAGGUGACCAGCUAACAGCAGCGGACUUGGUGCCCAUUUUUAACGGCUUCCUCAAAGAUCUGGACGAGGUCCGCAUAGGUGUCCUCAAGCACCUGUACGACUUCCUCAAGUUGCUCCAUGCUGACAAAAGGAGAGAAUAUUUGUACCAGCUGCAAGAGUUCAUGGUGACUGACAACAGUCGCAACUGGAGGUUCCGAUACGAGCUGGCAGAGCAGCUCAUCUUGAUCAUUGAGUUGUACAGCCACUACGACGUCUACGACUACCUCAGGCAGAUCGCACUCACACUUUGCUCAGACAAGGUCUCAGAAGUCAGGUGGAUCUCUUACAAGUUGGUGGUGGAAAUCCUCCAGAAAUUAUACUCGAGUGGUGCCGAUGAUUUAGGCGUGAACUUCAUCAACGAGCUGACCGUCAGGUUCUGCCACUGUCCCAAAUGGGUGGGACGACAAGCUUUUGCCUUCAUCUGUCAGGCGGUGGUAGAGGAGGACUGCAUGCCCAUGGAUCAGUUCAGCCAGCACCUUCUGCCUAGCCUGCUCAGCCUCUCGUCAGACCCGGUGGCCAACGUGCGCGUGUUGGUAGCGAAGGCCCUGCGGCAGAGCGUCAUGGAGAAAGCCUACUUCAAGGAGGCGGGCUGUGCCUCUUCGGAUGAGCUGGAGGAAACGCUGAUGGCGCUCCAAUCAGACAAAGACCGCGACGUACGCUUCUUUGCCAGCCUAGACCCCGGCAAAGGCCUGACCCUGGACACGGCCCCCCUCAUUUAG